CAAUAUUGCCCUCUCUCCUCUCUAUAAGAAGCCUAAAUACUCCACUCAUUGGAUUAUAUACCGAGUGUGAGAAACUCUGUUUUCCUUCCCACUCGAGCUAGGUUGGGAGAUUGGGUAAAAAAAGAAUGAUGGGUAAGUGUAAUGUUGGUACACUCUUAAUCCUUCUCCUCAACUUGGGCACUCUGCUCAUUUCUCUUGCUUGCCCCUAUUGCCCAUAUCCAACUCCUCCUACUAAGCCACCAAAACUUCCCCCCAAAUUCCCACCAAAACACCCUCCUAAAAUUGAACCACCCUUUCAUCCUAAACCCCCAUAUGUCAAACCACCCAUCGUUAAACCACCCCAUGUCCCAAAACCACCCUAUAUCCCCAAACCUAAACCACCCCAUGUCCCCAAACCUAAACCACCCCAUGUCCCAAAACCACCCAUCGUGAAACCACCCUAUAUCCCCAAACCACCCAUCGUGAAACCGCCCUAUAUCCCCAAACCACCCAUCGUGAAACCACCCUAUAUCCCCAAACCACCCAUCGUGAAACCACCCCAUAUCCCCAAACCACCCUAUGUACCCAAACCACCCAUCGUAAAACCACCUUACAUACCUAAACCACCAAUUAUAAUGCCACCUUACGUGCCCAAACCUCCUCCCGUUGUAAUGCCACCUUACGUGCCCAAACCUCCUCCGGUUGUAAUGCCACCACCCGUACCAAAACCUCCUGUUGUACUGCCGCCGCCGGUGGUGCAGCCUCCCGUUGUGCCAAAACCACCACCAGCACCAAUUGAACAGCCGUGUCCUCCACCGCCUCCAACAACGCCGCCAUCAACGCCGCCCGCAGGACAAGAAACUUGCCCCAUCGACACGCUGAAACUGGGGGCGUGUGUGGACUUGUUGGGUGGGUUGGUGCACAUUGGCAUUGGCAGCAGUGCUAAGGACACAUGCUGCCCAGUGCUGCAAGGGCUGGUGGACUUAGACGCAGCAGUGUGUCUGUGCACCACCAUCAAGGCAAAGCUUCUGAAUAUUAACAUCAUCAUACCAAUUGCUCUUGAGGUUCUAGUUGACUGUGGUAAGACUCCACCACCAGGUUUCAAGUGUCCUGCCUAGCUACCUACUUCUUCAACACACAAUAAAAAUCGGUGUGAACUCAAGUGGAGUUCACUUUGAGAAAGUGUACGCUACGUGUACGUACUGUAUUAAUUAUUAUUUAAUGUCAUAGUUUAUAAGAUGAGGUCUAAUGAGCAUAUCAAAUGAAUGUUAUGUUUGGGAGUGUUGGUUUUAAUUUCAUUUUCUUCAUGUUGGGGACUUUGUUAAGUGAUCUAUGUAACUUUCUGUUCUGUUAUGUUGAGCAGGUGUUUGCUUUGUAUAAAUUUUGUUUUCUGAAUUGGAUUU